CCGUACAUUACGCUGACUUAUGAUUUGUAAAUACCUGGUGUUGUUAAAUACGUAAAAGUCACACACAUUAGAACAUCGCUUGUUAUCAUUUUGAGCUGUGGGAAAAGGACACCAAUCUUUGUAAUCAUGAGAAUAUUGCUUCUUAUGUCAGUUGUCGUUUGUGUCUCGACAUUUCAUGAAGCAAAUGCAGGCCUAAGCUGUGAAUACGAGGGGAAAAUAUAUCAUCAGGGAGAAAAAUUUAACAAGGAUUGCAACAAAUGUAGAUGCAACAAAAAUGACGAAAUAACGUGUACCAUGAGAACCUGUGGAGAGAUGUGCGAGUGGAAAGACUGUUCGAAAGUACCGUGUCCCUUGCUCAGUUGUGUCCAUGGUUCACACACGCCUGCAAACAAAUGCUGCCCUGUUUGUAAUCCAGCACCUAGAACUAUGGCUAUGGGGGUGGCAUCAGUGUGCAGUCCAGUGACGUGUAGAAUGUAUUGCGACUUUGGAUUCGUGAAAAAUGACACUACAGGAUGCGACAUUUGCAAAUGCAACAAGAGCCCAUGUGAUGUUGACCCAAACCCCUGCCCAGAGGACAGCGAUAAGCCAGUGUGUGAUGUACGACAGGGCAAGGCAGUUUGCAUUCGCCAACAUUGUCCCCCGAUAUGUGCCAUGUACUGCCAAUUUGGAUUCAAGAUUAACGAGACUACCGAUUGUCCAAUUUGUUCCUGUAGAGAACAUCCGUGUGCAGAGCCAAAUCCUUGCCCCGAUGACAAACCUUUUUGUUUGGUCAAAGACAGGAAGGCUGUUUGUCAAAAAUGCAGUCCUGUAAUGUGUAUGAUGUUCUGUACGUAUGGUUUCAAAAUGAAUGACAACGGUUGCCCAAUCUGUUCAUGUAAAGAGAGUCCAUGUAAGGAAAAGACUUGUCCAACGGGAAAUGUUUGUGAAGUUCAAAAGAGUGAAUGCGACAAAGAACCUUGCCCUCUUGUUGCUACCUGUAUAGUUGAUCCCGCCUUACCAUGCACAGACCCAGAAAAAGAUGGAACUGGAAAUGUUGUAUUCUGUAACAUUAGUAAUGACUGCUCGGAUGACUACAAAUGUGACAAAUCUGCCGGCGAAGAUUUUGCCACAUGUUGUCCGUUAAAACAAUGUGAACAUGGUGACAAAACGUACAAUGACGGGGAUGGAGUUCCCGCUACUGAUGGUUGUAAUAAAUGUGUCUGUGCAAACGGUCUGGUUGCAUGUACACGUAUGAUGUGUGUCGGUUGUAAACAUAAUGGGAAAACCUACAAAAACGGAGAAAGCUUCAAUCGGGGAGACGGUUGUAACACGUGUAGUUGUUCGAAUGGGAUUGUUAGUUGCACGAGGAUGUAUUGUGCUCACUGCUUGAAAGAUGGUAUCAUGUAUCCUGUUGGUGAAAACGUGAAGGGAGAUGGGAUUUGCGAUAUAUGCACGUGUAUCAAUGAUCCUUUUGAGCCUUCUGGUACUAGAGUGGCGUGUGCAGUAAUCGAUUGCCCACCAUUAGACAUGCUGGGAUGUGACGAUCCAAUCACUGACCCUGACGAAUGCUGUCCGUACUGUCCUCUUUAGAAAGAAUGCACGUGCAGUACCUGAAAUAACUUGAAUCCACUCCAUAUUUGAAAUGAAUGAACUCUGUAUCUGAAAUCGAACCACUCUGUAUUUGAAAUAAAUUUCCUCAGUAUUUGAAAUAAAUGCUCACUGUUCAUGAAAUAAAUCCAAUUUGUAUACGAUAUGAAUCCCUCUGCCUAUUAUAUGAAAUAAACCUACU